AUUGUUGCUGAGCAGUUUACCAAGCUCACCAACGACGAUGGAUCCCCCAAUACGGCACUCCGGCACGCCAACUUGGACAAUCUCGUCUCGAGGCUCACGCCGUGGGAACUUCUUCAUCUUAGGCAACUGACAAGGAGAAUCUCAGUCAAACUUGCAGAAAUGCAAGAUCUUCCAGAAGAAUUAGUCGCUAUGAUAUCGCGGCAUCUGCGCCUUGGAGAUGCAGUGAAGUGCACCCAGGUUUCCAAAGCAUGGCGCCAAAUAUGGACAUCUCACACGGUCAUCAAGGAUAUUGCCCACAUUUCCUUCCCCGGCUUGACGGCGACGUUCCCAGAUACGCCAGCUUGGGAUCUUCUGCGCCCUAUCGCUCAAAAAACCACAGCCCGUAACGAAGGCAGACUCACUUCCUGGCUCUCUAUGAGGACAGCCGACGUGCCUCUGCUGAAAUGCACCGCCCUCAAAUACGAUGAUCGCAGCCUUGAAUUUGCAAAGUCCAACCCCAUAACCACGCCCUACAAUUGGGAAUCGAAGUCCUGGCACGGCUUCGCUUAUUAUAACGGAAAAGUCGCCUGGCAGUGGGAUUCCUACCGUUUCUUCGUUGACGACAUUCGAGCUAUGACAAGGAAGCUCGUUUCCCCGCCCGAUCUCGUGGUAAAGGGAGACAAGGACUUCAUCGUAUAUGCUAUGACGGAGAAUCUCUUGAUCCUAGCAAAUCAAAAUACCAAGAGGGCUCUUAUCGUAUGUGACCUUGAUAAGGGUCAACACCGUCGUGUCACCCUCCCUAACCGCAUGGUGGACCUACAAGCCCACAAAAAAACAUUCGCCGUUAAUUUCUCUCUUGACUACUAUGGCUAUCGCGGGUUUGAACCCGCAACCCCCCCGCCCCAUAUCUGGAACUGGUCUACUGGUCUUAUCAAGCUUGACGUUCCUGACUCUCCGUUGACCGAGGAACCCCGCGGUGGUAGCUACGCAUGGGACGAGAACAGAGACGACGGCUCGGACUGCAACAACGGUGUCAUCUUCCACCCAACGAAACCUCACAUUCUCUACUUCGUCAGUGUCUUACUUAAUAGUCCCAGGCCGAGUGAUGAAGGGAAUGAGACUGACACUGCGGAUGAAAAUGAACUCAAGGAACGUUCAUCUCGAGAUCUCCUCCUUGUCGAGGCUCACAAAUUUGAUAACAUGAAGUUUGUCGAAACUUUCACAUAUAAAUCAAUCAGGAGAUGGAGAACUGCCCCGCGCUUUGCACUGCACUGCCAGCGCAUGAAUUCCUAUGGACUCUUCAACAUUGGCAAAAUGUACAGGCCGCUUUCGAAGGAUGUCGCCAUUCUCAACAGCGAACUGCACGGUGGAAAGAGUAAGAUCGUCAAGUCGCCCAGUUUUCUCCUAAGAAUUAUCAAUUUCAAUACGAUGACGGAGUCAUUCGUGGUCGAAAAGAGGGUCCUCAACGGCAUGCGGAGGCCAAUAUGGGAACAUGCUGCUCUCAGACCAGAACAAGCCGGUGGCAUCUCGUGGAACGACUCUGUAUAUUAUAUCCAAAACAAAGAUUCCCACCUCCCUGCCGAAGCGACACCACGAUGGAGGCACCGAUUCGAAGGCAAGAACCAACGAGCAAUUUGCAUCGCCAACAAGACAUCAACAUUUGUCCUCGAAACCAAAAGCCUCUGGUUCGAAGAGUCCGCCCGCAUGGUUCGCGGCGACGGGGAAAGAUUCCGUAGUAUCGCGGUCGACGAUGACUUCGUAGUCGGUCUUUGCAGACGAGGC